AUGAACAACGUAAACAGCCAUGGACAGCCAACUGCAUCGGGUGCAGCCAGUUCUGCUUCCCAUCAAGGCCACGGAAACUCUAUACAACAACUUCAAACUCCUGUUUUGCGACUCGUAUCGUCUCAGAUUCCAACACUCAACACUGCCGUGCCUGUGAAUACAGGCUUGCAUGUUCAUGAUCUUGGUUCUAAUCCAUCUUCAUCAGCUUCAAUGGAUUAUUCAGAAGCUGCUGCUGCAUCCGCAAUAACUGCUCUUGGUGGUUACGUUCCGACUCAAACCCCUGCCGUCUUGACUGAAGUCGCUCCAAAACGACUGGUCAAACUUAGUCUGUCUGUCAAGGAACCUGCAAGCACUGCAUCGCUCUCUCAUGCACUUGCACCCACUCUGGAUGCUCCUGUUCAAGCUCCAGUGUCUUUAUCCUUGUCAGCAAACGCCAAUCGCGCUCAACAUCACGAUCUAAAUGCUCCAACUGUCGGAACUCCCUUGUCAGCUGGAUCUAAACGGCGGCAUAAUAGUCCAACUCACACUGCUGCUGAUCUAUCCGCUAAAACUGCUAUUGCUACUGAACCGUCUCAUGCCAAGAUUAAAAAACUCAAAUUCACAACCACUCAAUCCACUCCCGAUACUCUAAAAGUUGAACCAUCUUUUUCAACACCUCUCACUUCUGCCGCAACAACUCCAAUAGCAAAAAAGUCGGAAUUGAUUCCAAUUCCUGGCACUCUUAAAUCAUACUUUACAAAAAUAUAUACGGAACUGCUUGAUUUGAAAGAUAAAAAAACCAACUCACGUGUUCUUUCUGAACCAUUUCUGAUGCUUCCUGACAAACUGGAGUAUCCAGACUAUUAUCAGUUGAUUGAUCGUCCAAUUGCAUUUGAUCGAAUCAAAAAAAAAAUUGAUGGCAGUCGUUACAGCAGCGUCGAGGCAUAUAAAAAGGAUGUAAAUUUGAUAUUUCUUAAUUGCCAACAGUACAAUCUUCCCGAAUCUCAGAUUUACCAAGACUCGAUUGAACUUCAGAAACACUUUAAAUACAUUACAGAAAGCUAUGUUCAUACUGCUCCUAUACCUGGAUCUGCCAAGCCACCACAUCGUCGUAAAUCAGAUGUUCCAAAAGUAGAGAUGCCUGCUCAAGUUCAUACUCCAACCCCAACUUUAAUCCCGCUUUCAGCCCCGUCUCUGACUGUUGUUCAGCCAGCUGCUCCAGUUCGAUCUCCUCAGACUGAUAUAUCUACCCAACGCACGGCUCUUUUUGAAGCUAUUGAAAAAAAUGAUGUCAAGGCAUUUGAACGUCAUAUUGCUUCGUUUGAUGAAACUACGAUCCAUGCUCUUCAACCCUGUCAUAUGUUUGAAGCCAGUUUCACAUGGGCACCUAUUCAUGCUGUUGCUUAUUAUGGAAAUGCUAAAAUGCUAGAGAUUUUAAUGGGCCAUGGCGCCGACGUUGAACAACAAGACACCUGGUAUCAGGGCCGACCGCUUGCAUGGGCUGCAUUUGCUGGAUCGGUCAAGAUAUGCAAAAUUCUCAUUGAGAAGCACAAUGCUGAUAAAGCAGCAACCAAUAUUCAUGGACAGACGGCAUAUGAUUUAUUAGGAGACAGUCAAGAUGAUCCAGUAUGGGAUAUUCUAAAAAUUAACGAUACUGUUAAUUCUUCAAGUCAUCACGGUCGCAGCAGUUUUCGAACACCAAAAGCAAAGUCUGCUACUGAAGAAAUCAAGCCUACUUUGUCCAAAUCUACUACCAAAGUUAUUGGUGCUUCACAUGCUGCAAACAACUGGAGUCACGCCCCCAUGGAAGCAGCAACUCCUACCAGUCGUACUACCAGCAGAUCAGGUCAAACUGACAUUACUGUUGCUCAGCAUUCAAGUCAGCGUCCUGCUGAACCAAACCAACAAACACCUGUGGCUGCAACAACACUCAAACAGAGUUUACAACAGUCUCAACUUACACCUCAACAGCAGUUUCAACAACAAGCAUUGUAUUUACAGGCACAGCAACAGUUGCUUCAGGCUCAAACACCUAAUGGGCUGAUUCAAGGUUCUCGUUCGCGUCAGUCUUCUUCCAAAGGUGCUCGUGUAUCUGGUACACCACAGUUCAUGAAUUCUGCUGGUGCAGCUGUUGUUCCUAGAAGUUUUGUCAGUCCCAAUGCAGCUGGAUUGCAAAUGCCUGGACAGGCGCUUGUUCCCGACAAUGCAUUUUCGGCAUAUACAACUCAACAACGUCUGAGUGCUCCGCAAUCUGCCAUUGUCACAAGUAUUGGAAUUGUAUCCAACGAUGAUCGAUUUCGUAUGGUGAUUCCCUUUUCACCAGAUGAUCCACCGCAUGGAUUUGUAGGAAGUUGCAUCACUGUAAACCAUGGUGUCAAAUCCAUGAAUAUUCGUAUUGUACUGGGUUCGAAUCCAUUUGCGGGUAUGGUAGCAGCGAAUGGAACACCUGUUGCUACUCGGUUCACAUGUACGGGACAUAGCACAUCAAUGGCCAUGGUUCCUACGGGCGUUCCAGGAUCAGCUCAUCCACAGAUGCGAUUGGAACCCCUACAGCUUCGAAUUCCCGGUGGAAAAGCUGAUGGUGGGAUUCAAGACAUGUCGGCUCCAAUCCAUUUGGGUCUAAAUUCUUUUGAAUUAAUUGUUGUUGCUACUGCCUAUACUUCCGAUUCAAUGCAGCCUUUGGAAGAAACUCAUCAGAUUGUUUUGCUUGCAAUCUAUCGCCAAUAAAUUUUGGUUGUUU